GCUGAGUUUAAGUGAUAAAAAACUGAAAAUUUCAACAUAAUGGCAGAGGUUUUAGAAGUUGAUAUCGAUGAAAAGGACGAAUUCAUGUAUGUUGAUGAUGAUGAUGAGGUUAAAAGGUUAAAAAAGAAUAAGAAGAGAAAAGGAAGAGGAUUUAAAGAUAGCAACGACAUUCGAACCGUUGAACCUUUUGACGCAAUAGAAGAUGAAGCUGGUGCUAACAUUCAAGGACCACAAAAAUCUGUGGAGGGGUGGAUUUUGUUUGUGACGAACGUCCACGAAGAAGCGCAGGAAGAUGAUCUCCAUAACGUGUUCGGUGAUUAUGGCAACAUCCGGAAUAUGCAUUUGAAUUUGGACAGACGUACUGGUUUUCUAAAGGGUUACGCACUUGUUGAAUACGACACAUUCAAAGAAGCUCAAAACGCACUAGACGCUACAAACGGUGAAGAAUUACUCGGACAGAAGAUAGCAGUAGAUUGGGCGUUCGUUAAAGGACCAGCAAAAGGAAAAAAGAAGAAAGGCGGUCGAAGAUAAAGUCUUUGCAAAAUAUCUACCUGCAUACCAUCAGCACUUUGGAUUUGACGCAAUUUAAUACAAAUAUUUCUUUGCGGAGAACUUCUGUUGUAAAUAAACGGCAUUACAGCGCAUGAGCUGCAGCUUGAGUGUAUCCUCGGCACCGUGUAUUUAAAACCUGCCACUGUCAUGUUUUUAACCAUCAGUUUUAAAAGAAAGAAAACAUUUAAAAACUCGUA